UCCGGCGGCUGCAUUUUGGUUGACCGGAGAUUGAUUGGUGCCGGGGAUAGGUAGGUAGAAACGUUAUAUGUGGGUUAUCUUCCAAGUUCCAAAAUGCAGAAAGUUUCCACUCUGGUCUCGGUUGGUUGGGUUGCCAAGCAAAUCAACUCCAAAGCCAAGAACUUCUGCAUCCUUGAUGCAUCAUGGCAUCUGCCUAUGGUCAAACGAGAUCCCCUGAAGGAGUACCGUGAGGCCCACAUCCCAAGUGCCCUGUUCUUCGACAUUGAAAAGUGUUCCGCAUAUGGAGGUGCCGGUAAUCUGUCCCUCACCCUUCCCAGUCCCGACGAGUUUGCGAAAUACGUUGGUACGCUGGGCAUUGACAACGACACUCACGUGGUCGUGUAUGAGAACAACGCCAAGUUUGGGGUCUUCUCAGCUCCGAGGGCCUGGUGGAUGUUCCGCAUGUUUGGACACAACAUCGUCUCAGUUAUGGAAGGUGGUCUUCCUCUCUGGACCAAAGAAGGUCAUGAAACGACAGAUGUCAUCCCUGAGGUUGACCGGGUCCAGUUCAGAGCUUCUUACAUGCAGAACCUACUCAAGAGCUUCUCAGAUAUAGAGGCAAAUUUGGAGGCGGAGACAUUCAAAGUGAUGGAUGCCAGAGCCAAGGGGCGGUUCACUGGAGACAUGCCAGAACCUCGGGAAGGUAUUGAGUCGGGCCACAUACCCAACUCCAUCUCUCUGCCCUUCCAGGCCAUGCUUCAGGAGGAAGACGGGAUCAAGAAGUUCAAACUGCCGGACGCACUCAGGGAGGCCUUUGCCGAUGCCGGCCUGGACCUUGGCCAGCCCAUCACGGCAUCUUGCGGCUCAGGCAUCUCUGCCUGCAUCCUGGCCAUGGGGGCCUACCUGGCCGGUACUGAAGAUGUAGCCGUGUUUGACGGGUCCUGGGAGGAAUUCUACCUCAAAAUGAAGGACACAAAACCAGAGAACAUCUUGAAAGGAUAAAAAAAAUGAUGGCCUUUCCAUCUUUGGAGAUCGAACACGUUGACUACCGACUUGUAGUAAUGAAUGACAGUGUCCCGGAAUUGGCCACUGUGAGUAUGCAUGUACUCACGGUCAACAAAAAGAUUUUGAAUUGUGUAUUAAGAAUGUACUGGAAAUGCAGUAAGCCUCAGAAAUAAGCCCCUUUAAAGAGAUUGGAGAACAGUAUUUUUGUCCAGCCCUAGAACUGUGAGGGGUUUGUCGUCUACUUUGCCUCCGACAACCAAGUGGAUGAUAAACCUCACAGUUCUAGGGAUAAUUUUUGUUAUGGUUUGUUCAAUUUUCUUGCAUUAUUCUUUUCAGUGUUAAAAUAUCAUUGAAAGUAUGCCAAGAUGGAAGUGUAAUAUCGCCGAUGUAUGUGCCUUUAUCAAAGAUGACAAAAUUAAUACACGGAGUUAUUAUUGAAAAGUUUGUACAUUGUACUCCUGCAAACUGUGCAAAGGAAUUAUUUAUCUGAAGAAACAGCCAGCUCCAUGCCACUGCCAGCUACAAGUUAUCAUGCAGGUGUCAUUUUUGUCAUAAAAAAAACUCUCCACAACAAACCUAUCACAAGUUCACAUCUGUUGUUACGCAACUCCAUGCUUCGUUUGGCAAGGUCUUCUCGUAUAUGUAUUGUUGGUGGGCAGUCAAUAUGUGCUGUCUGUCAGAACCUCGUUACAUGUAGAUACCCAAAGGUGGAGUGUUUCUAGUCAAGUUAGGGAGAGGAUGCUUAUGGAGUAUUCCGACGAAAUAUAUUGACGAAAAAUUGUGUUGAGGUGUUAUAUACAAGUUCCUAUUUUUUUUAUGACAUUGGGUACGGAAACAAGUUUGACCAAAGCCAUACGGGGGAAUGUAAUAGGGUAUAUCUUUCUUGCCUAACUUGUGCAGUGAUCUCUGAACUGUAUGCCAGUUCUAGACCUGAUACAAACUCAGAAACAGUAUCUGGUGGAUAUAGAGUUCAUACUUGUGUUUAUUUUAUCCACUGAAGAUCACCUGUACAAAUUGUUUUAUUAGGAAACUAAUAUGUAAGACAGCGGGGUCAUAAACAUCUGUCUCUCAUAUUUUACUGAAGUAAAACUUCUGUGGAGAAGGCCCCUUUAUCAAACUAAUCAAGAACAUGUACAUUUAAAAAGCAGUGUAUGUGUUGUAACGGCUUGAAUAUAAACCAACUUCGUGAAUUUGUUGUUUUUUUUCUUUUUCUGUGUUAAACCAUGGAGGAAUAGGAGCCAUGGUUACAAUUCCACAAAGUUUAUUUUUAAAAAAAUAGUAAAACUAGUUAUAUGUAUGUGUUCUUCUCGUACAUUAUAGAGGUUUUAUUCUAGUUUUUGGAGUGUAAAAACAUCAAGAGAAACUCUAUUAAAAAUGUGUUCAGCAGAAGGAAUGAUUGUUUUGUUUUUUUAUUUUUUCAGUACAUGUAAGGAUGAAUCAUACUUUAAUAAAAUUAAGCUUUUAUCUGGGAAGCUGA